AAGUGCCAGACAUUUUUAUCUCUCUUAAGCGGCAGGAAGAAACAAACCAGCGAUCUGUUUUUCCUUCUCUAUAUAAAUUUAAAAGGAGGUUUCUCUUAACAUUCUGUGUUGCCAUGACACCUGGUUUCACCUAAAGCUAACUACUCUCAAACUUUGAGUUAACCAAUACAUUCCUUUUUCGUAUGGAAAUGUUGUCUUAAGCUAUGUUAAUGAACUCCGGACUCUAUCUUCAAGUUGGUUCCGCCAAACGGCCUAACUUACUUACUCAGGUAUUGUUCCCCUGAUCUAUGUAAACGGAACUGCUUGUUGGUAUUCUGCCCUUCUACAAGAUUCAAGUCAAUCGUUUUAUGGCCUGGGAUGGAUUAUCUGAUGCCAUUCUAAAUUUUAUGACAUUCCUUUCAUUUCAUUAACAGACUGUGAGUGACUAUAUAACAUACAGCUAAAGACUAGGAGGGGGGUACUCUUUUGCCCCCUUCUGAUGCCUAUGUCAGAAGCUUUCUCUAUACUUUAAUAAAACUUUAUUACACAAAAGCUCUGAGCGAUCCAGCCUCGUCUCUGGCCCCGGAUUGAAUUCGUCUCCUCCGGAGGCCAAGAAUCCCGCGUCUUAUCGUUCAGCAACAACCUUUCAUCUUGGGGGCUCGUCCGGGAUCCUUCAGGACAAGAUGGGCCUGAUAAUCUAUGUGAGCCUACUUCUGCUGACUCCAGAAAUCCUGAGUCUGCCCUUUGAUCCUCAAGACAAUGCCUUCCUGUCCUGGGCUCACUCCUAUGCUGCAUUCCACAAUCGGUCUAACUGCUGGGUCUGCGGAGCACUCCCCUCUUCAUCAGUGGAAGGCUUCCCGUGGUGGACAUCUCCACUUCAAGGAAAAGACUUUCUCCAAGUCUGCGAAUACCUUCGACAACUAUCACAUGUGAUGCCUCUUCUUCGUCUGAUGACAUCUAACAACCCUAGAAUGGACUGGUGCAAUACUUUGUACCUUAACUAUGGACAUAACGUGACUUUUAAUUUUGAUUAUACACUGUCUCAGUUUAAUCACUAUUUUGCUGCACAUAAGACAAAUAGGUCUAGAUCUGAUGGUUUUUUACCUGACGUUUAUCAAAUAUGGGAUGAGGUUAUAUGGCUAACUCCUGAAAAGCGACGUCUAAUAUCUACUGCCCCUAUAUGCUGGGAACAAACAGAGCCAUCCCCCAAAGUUAGCCAACAACUUAAUUACACUGAUUGGAAACAAUUGGGAUUUUUGCCUCAAGAAAUAUGUAACGUAAUCAUUCCCGUAUUUUCCAACCCCAGUUCAGGACCUCCCUUUGUCUGGCCAGGCACUAAUUGGGACUGGGCAUCUCAGUCACGCUGGCUUGCCCCAAACGGGACUUAUUGGAUAUGUGGCUCUUACCUAUGGGCUUGGCUUCCCCCUGGCUGGAUAGGGAGAUGCACCCUGGGUCUAGCCUUUACUCAUGGUUUUAUAUUUUCAGAGCUUCCAGAAAAGCCUGCUAAUUUACCCCACCUUAAAACACGGUGGGCAAGGUCUGUAUUUCACUGGUAUGAUUAUUUGGCUGCAGUGUUUGUCCCCUCUUUGGGAACUACAGAUGUUAUGUUACGAGUAGAUGCUUUGACUAAUCUUACUCAACAGGCAUUACAAGAUUCUCAAAAAGCUAUUUCGGCUCUUAAUGCUGAACAAGCACAAAUUAAAAAGGUGGUUUUACAAAACAGAUUGGCUUUAGAUAUUCUGACAGCUGCACAAGGAGGAACUUGUGCCAUCAUUCAUACUCAAUGCUGCACAUAUAUACCUGAUAUGAGCACUAAUGUUACUCAUUUUACUAAACACAUGAACAAGAUGAUUGGGGCCAUGGAUACUCCUGAAGCCUCAAUUGCCUCACUUUGGGAGACGUUAACUAGUUCCCCAUGGUGGAAACCCAUCUUAAUUACAAUAAUUCUGAUUGUUUUGUUUUUGCUCUUUGCUCCCUGCAUUUGUAACUGUGUGACUGGAUUUGUUUCUAGUCGCAUGAAAGCUUUUAAGUUACAAAUGGUUGCUCAAACUCCUGCUAUCACUGCAGCUUCUUCUGACUACUAUUUGGGGCCGCUGGAUCAGACAUCCUCACUAUGAGUAUUAGGAGAAUAUGUUGCCUCACCAAUUUAGGGACAACGCCCCUUGUCAGCUCGGAAGCAGUUAUGGAAUGAAAACGACGCCCCUUUUCCCUAGGCAACAUAAUUCUCCUAAAAGAAAAGGGGGGAAUGAGAGGGUAACAGGCAGGAAGGCCAGGGGUCUCCAAAUGGAGGAAAGAGGCUGUAAGUGCCAGACAUUUUUAUCUCUCUUAAGCGGCAGGAAGAAACAAACCAGCGAUCUGUUUUUCCUUCUCUAUAUAAAUUUAAAAGGAGGUUUCUCUUAACAUUCUGUGUUGCCAUGACACCUGGUUUCACCUAAAGCUAACUACUCUCAAACUUUGAGUUAACCAAUACAUUCCUUUUUCGUAUGGAAAUGUUGUCUUAAGCUAUGUUAAUGAACUCCGGACUCUAUCUUCAAGUUGGUUCCGCCAAACGGCCUAACUUACUUACUCAGGUAUUGUUCCCCUGAUCUAUGUAAACGGAACUGUUUGUUGGUAUUCUGCCCUUCUACAAGAUUCAAGUCAAUCGUUUUAUGGCCUGGGAUGGAUUAUCUGAUGCCAUUCUAAAUUUUAUGACAUUCCUUUCAUUUCAUUAACAGACUGUGAGUGACUAUAUAACAUACAGCUAAAGACUAGGAGGGGGGUACUCUUUUGCCCCCUUCUGAUGCCUAUGUCAGAAGCUUUCUCUAUACUUUAAUAAAACUUUAUUACACAAAAGCUCUGAGCGAUCCAGCCUCGUCUCUGGCCCCGGAUUGAAUUCGUCUCCUCCGGAGGCCAAGAAUCCCGCGUCUUAUCGUUCAGCAACAACCUUUCACUGGUAGGCUACAGUCCAUGGGAUCACUAAGAGUCGGACACGACUGAGCCACUUCACUGGUUCACCACAACUACUGAAUGCCCCCUCCCCGCUCUAGACCAGCUCCCUGACAACUAGAGAAGCCCCCCUGCAGCAACAAAGACUCAGAGCAACCAAAAAUUAAUAAAUGAGUAGUGAAGAUAUAGACAGGCAGAUGGAAGCCACCGCUUCUGACAGCUAGACAAGCCCUUUCCUCCAAGUCAGUCUUCUUUCCAAGACUUGCUGGGUUUGGCUGCUCCAGCAAGCUGGUUCACUUAGGUGAACCCUCUCCCUCUCCCCCCAAAGAAUUUUAAUACUAACGUUAACAUGCUGUUUGUUUCCCAGCUCGGGAGGAUUGUAAUGAGAGAUAAUGCCAACUACUCUGCGUGGGAAGUACGACUCCAGAUUUGGGGGGCUCGCCUGGAUUUAGCCCUGGCUGCCUCCUCCCCCAGCACACGUCGCAGCUAGUCCGGGGUACCAAGUGCUUUUCCUCCGCCCACCCGGCCUCCAGACUCCCCUGCUUUGCUCUAUAAACUACAUUAUCUCCAUUCUUUCUUUUGUACCCCUGGACUCACCAGCACACGGGCCUCUUUGUCUCCGCAGACGUCUGGUACCACUACAGGGUCCGGAAAGGAAACAAAACGACCCGAGUGUUGGGACCUUACAUAAUCCAGGGCGGGGCUCGGCAAACCCUCAGAAGAUCGCCCCUCCCCUCUAACUCUGGCUUAAAGGGAAGAAAUGCUGUUCGUGGAAUAAAAAAAAAAAAAAGCAGAAUGAAGGAAUUUAUGGGUAGGUUGGGAGAGGAGUGAGCUGCAUUUAGGUUUCUCGUUCUGAAACUGCUCAACAAUGAACAUCUGCAGGCGGCAGGCUGUGGAAACGCGGAUCUGCCCGGGUCCGCGGAAAUUCCCAGUCGUUGGUCCGAAGGGAGAUCCCGGAACCCGACUUAUUUCGAGCACCCUCUGGGUCGAUUCUGAAUAGGAAGAUGCUUUUCCGAGCCGCCGAGCCCACGGGGCCGCUCUUGAAUUCUAGCAUCCAAGUACAUUCCCCGCCGCCUCGCGUCGCCUCCGGAAGGAAAGCGCCCGCCGCGGAGCUGGCCUUCGGAACCCCGUCAGCCCACGCCAGAGGAAAGCGAAACCUCAGCAUCCAGGAAAACAUACACACACCGAGGUUCUGUCAACGUUAGGGAGGAAACUAGACCCAGAGUGACAAUAGCUGCAGAGCCGUGCGGUGCUUCACCCUUUAGAAAUGCCAGAGAGAGCUCUGACUUGGGCUUUGGUCCUUGACCGGUCCCAGGGCAAAAGGAUUCAAUCUCUGGGCAGGGCACUAAGAUCCCACAUGCCUUGGAGCAACCGAACCCGCAUGCCACGAUGAAAAAGAUCCCUCGUGAUGCAGUGAACAUCCUGUGUGUUGCAACUAAGACCCAACACAGCCAGGCACAAGUCGCCUCCCCCAGCAAGCGGACCCGGGCCACGAAGGCGGGCAUAUGCGUCCCCGCUUUGCCUGGCUCUCAGGGCACGCCACAGCCCCCACCAAGGGGUCCGCGGGCUACGACCUGUGCAGUGCCUAUGAUUACACAGUACCGCCGAUGGAGGAAGUGCUUGGGAAAACUGACAUUUAGAUAGCCCUUCCUUCUGCGUGCUAUGGAAGAGUGGCUCCUCGUUCCGGCUUGGCAGCAAAACACUUCGUAGAUGUGGGAGCUGGUGUCAUAGAUGAAGAUUCUAGAGGAAAUGUUGGUGUUGUUCUGUUUAAUUUUGGCAAAGAGAAGUUUGAAGUCAAAAAAGGUGAUCGAAUUGCCCAGCUCAUUUGUGAACGAAUAUUUUACCCAGAAAUAGAGGAAGUUCAAGUUUACAUGACACUGAAAGGGGUUCAGGAGGCUUUGUUCCACUGGAAGUAAUUAAAACUUCUGCCAAGAACAGGAAAUGAGAAUGUACAUUUUUCUUGAAAAUAAAGACUUUGCUUUAAAAAAAAAAAUGUCCUGGUUGACGUGUC